AUGCGAGUCCGUCAAUUGAUCUGGCACAUGUUGUGCAAUGCAAAUGUCAGCAGCUGCAAGAAGAAUCGACUCUUUGCAGAAUUGGAUGAUGAAGAUGAUCCUCAAAUUGCCUGUUAUGUCACAGCACCUUUUAUCAUAGCCCAGAAAUUGUCGUGCAGAAUAAUCAAUGAUAGGAGCUCAAUGGUUGUAAGUGAUGGUGAAGAACUGGUUAGUAAUGUGAUCAGCAUUGGGUGUACAGACUCCAGGAUAAAGAUCCCAUUUCCUGUCAGAGUUGCUAUACCAUUCACUGCACGCUACCAGGGGCAUUAUCGUGACAUUAUGGUAAAGGUGUCAGAUGCCACACCACAUUCAAGCUAUAUGAGUCCUAUCUCCUUAGAGAGAAUGUCCAAUGGACAUAAGGGAUCGUGUGCAGAGGUUAAGAUAUAUAAACUUGGCAUCUUUUCAGUUGUGUCUUGUUUAAGAAAAGAGACAUUUACGAUACCUAGAAAAGGUUUAACCUUGAAGCUGAGCAUGGAUUCAAGAAUUGCACUGACUUACCUCCCUGGAUCAUUCAGUGUCCCUGUGGUAGUUCAGUCAAAGGUUCAGCCAAUUGAUUCAACACUGUUGUCUGGAAUGAAAUCAAGACAAGAUAUAUAUCAUCCCAUAAUCUCCACCAGCCCCCUUGUUCAUAUCAAACAUCCAUCAACUCAGCAGUUUCGGAAAUCAAUUACAGUCACUUUGCCCUGUCCACCAAACCCAGACAAGAAGAGAUUAGGUGACGAAACAGACCAUGCUCGAGCAGCCACGGCCAUGGUACAGAGAGGCCUCAGCCAUCGCAUUCGAUUAAUGAGUGCCCCUGUAAAAAAACAUGGAGAGGCAAUCAAUGAAUCUUUAAAACUGUUAGGUUUUAACUCCAAGGAUGAGGAAUGGCUGGUGAUGGACAACAUAGCUGUGAAAGAUGUGCAAAAUGGGCUGGUCGCAUUUGAAAUUGCUGAACAUCUAGACAGAUUUAUAGUCCUUCGCUUUUCAUCUUCAGUGGAUAAUAGCUGUUUGAUUCCUUUUAUACAUGAUCUGGAAGAAGCAAUCCAAUUCACUAUGGUUAAUGUUAUUAUGUAUCACAAAAGAGACAAUUUCCACCACAUUGUAGUCCAGAUGGUGCCUUCCAAAGAUCUACAAUGGGAACUAGUGAAGCUUCGUGAAGAGGGAUACAGAGGCCCGCCAGAGCCAUCUGAAGAGUUCCCAAUGAGAGAGGGUGAGCAGCUCAGCCUCAAGCUUAGUGGCAACAUUAAAUCAUUAGGGGGUGGGGAUGGAGGACAAAGAUACCCAUUAAUAUUUCACUCUCAGCGGAAAGCCAGACUGGAACUUGAUCUAACUGAAGUAGAUGAGUUUGGCAACUACUGCUCUCCUCACUACAAAGGGAUGGCAAUAUUUUACAAAAUAACCAAAGAAGAGCUAACCCAGCAUGGAGUCUAUCACAUGGUGGAUAACCAGCAGUACAAUCCUGUGUGCAAACUGGCACUAACAUUGCCCAAGCCUUUUGAGGGACAUAAGUUGGAAGACCUAUUAGUUGCAAUUGUCAAUGCGGAAGAGGCCGAAGUUACAUGCAAAAACGAAGGAGAAGAUGGCUCAAAGCAAAAGGGGAAGUCCCAGAUCAGGCGUGGAGUGGCCUACAUGAGGCCCUUCACUCACUUUGUGGAUUGUGCCAUCGCGCUGAUUGGUAAGGAUGUGGACUGUGACUGUGAUGAUGAUGAGGAUGGUGGCGAACACCCAUCAGCCCAUGGCCAAGACUGUGACAUUCCGAAGCAGGCCCGAAGCAUCAACGGAAACCUCCCACUUCCCGGGAGCUGUUUCGUGGCAAUUGCUGCGGACCUGCCUGAAGUCUUGAACUCUAGCUCAGGGUCAAAGACAUUUGCUGGGGGCUCCAGGGAGCAGGGGAAAUUGCUCAUUGGAAAUUCAAACUGCCCAGAAACAACACCUGAGAAUAUGUUUUAUUGGCUGGCUUCAGAACUUUCUGAAGAAGAUGCCAUAACGCUUGUGACAUCCCUUUGCAUUCGGCGAAGCACCAUUCAGCUUGUUAAGCUGACCAACCCUGAUGAUUUAACAGAUCAGAUUUUCAAACUUCUCAACAUGUGGAAAAAGAAUCUACCAACAUCGACAAAUAAAAUACAGAUCCUAUCCCGACAUUUGAAAAGGUGCGGAAGGGAAGAUUUAGCAGAACAGUUAUGGUCAAAACAGGAUUCUGGAUGA